AUUAAGAUACAGCUUUCCCACAUAUUGUCAGCAACGGGAGGGUGCGCUGUUCUGAUCGCAGAAUCGAAGCUGGGCGUGGAGGAUUUACAGAAGCAAGCAAACAAUCAAUCGUGGUGGCGAGCCUGUGCAAUGUAAUGGACUCAAAGGAAAGGUCUGUUACUGUCAGGGCUGAUUCAGGGCUAACCAAUGUAAACACCACGCCGUGGAGAAAAGGGGCUAGCCACCCGACGAAAGGCGUCUUCAGAAGAACACCUGUUAGAAUUUCAAGGAAUCUUAACACUGGUUUCAAAUCUCCGCUCCUGUCUCCAGGCACCCCCUGCUCCUCCAGAGUGGACCAGGCCAGUCUUCGAGAGGACAUUGAGGAGCUGAAGGGCAGACGGGAGGAGCUGAGCGCACAGAUUGCACUGCUGGAGGCUGAAGGUUACAAUGUGGAAGAGCUGGACCAGCAUAUUGAGCAGCUUCAUGAAUACAAUGACAUCAAGGAUGUGGGACAGAUGCUGUUGGGCAGGCUGGCCACAAUCAGAGGUGUGACCACAAAGGAUCUGUAUGGAGAGUUUGGCUUGGAGCUGGAAGACUAGCAGUUCAUAUCCACAGCAUUGUCACAACAAUUAAACAGAUUGUUUUGUUUUUUUUGUUUUUUUUUAUUUAAUGUACUCUACCACAUCUGUUCCAGUACCUGCCUAGGAGAUGUGAGAUGUGUUCACAGCAUGAAUGGGGGGGGCCUUGGCCUGCCAACCCUUUAAAGAGAGGAAUCAACAGCGUGAUGUUGUUUCAUAAAGCAUGGUCCAACAAAAAAACAACUGAGCCGAGUCAAAGCUCCUAUUAUACAGGUUGUGUUUUUUUUUACAAAAUUUUGGAUAUCUGUAAAGCAGCACUAUUAGUUACCCAAAGCAGGCCCCAGUGAUGUGAAUAUCAAUGCACAGCUCCAGUACAGACCUGCCCCUUUCUUUGCCCCUUGCACUGAAUUUGCAGGGUCCAUGCCUGGGGGCCAAGUUUGGUGGAUCGACCCAACUACAGCCCAGAGAGCAUAGGUGAAUUAAACGAUGUGAGUGAUGUUAAACUAUUGGCAAUAUAUUGCACCAAUAGUGAAAUGGGAUGUCAUUCUUACCAGCAGAGAGAAAUAUUUUGUUCCAAAUGUGAACAAUUACAGAUUAUAUUAAAGUAUCGAUUGUGUGUCAAUUAUGUUUGUUUUUGUCUUAUUAAAACUUUAAAAAAAUAAAAUAAAUUACAUCUU